GUUCAACAGGAGCUCUGAAUGCAGGAAUUCUUAUCCGCUGAACAUAAUCAAGGACACCGGGCACAGAGAACCAAAUUAUUAUACCAAAUCUAAUCUCUAAAAUGGAAGAAGCCAAAAGCCAAAGUUUGGAAGAAGACUUUGAUGGACAGGCCACACACACAGGACCAAAAGGAGUAAUACAUGAUUGGAGGAAGUUUAAAUUAGAGAGCGAAGAUGGUGACUCAGUCCCACCCAGCAAGAAGGAAAUUCUCAGACAAAUGUCUUCUCCUCAGAGUAGGGAUGACAAAGACUCAAAAGAAAGAUUCGGCAGAAAGAUGAGCAUUCAAGAGUAUGAGCUAAUCCACCAAGGCAAAGAGGAUGAAGACUGCCUUCGUAAGUACCGCAGGCAGUGUAUGCAGGACAUGCACCAGAAGCUGAGUUUCGGGCCCAGGUACGGGUUCGUGUAUGAGCUGCAGACCGGGGAGCAAUUCCUGGAAACCAUUGAAAAGGAGCAGAAAAGCACCACCAUCGUGGUUCACAUCUAUGAAGACGGCGUUAAAGGCUGCGAUGCUCUGAACGGUAGCCUCACGUGCCUUGCGGCCGAAUACCCUAUGGUCAAGUUUUGUAAAAUGAAAGCUUCUAAUACGGGAGCUGGUGACCGCUUUUCCGCGGAUGUGCUCCCCACGCUGCUUGUCUACAAAGGUGGGGAACUCAUAAGCAAUUUUAUUAGUGUGGCUGAGCAGUUCUCCGAAGACUUUUUUGCUGGGGAUGUGGAGUCUUUCCUGAAUGAGUAUGGGUUACUACCCGAAAGAGAGAUGCCCGCCCUGGAGCAGACCAACGUGGAGGAAGAUAUUGAGUAAAGGUUCGCCACCUCAGUAUCUCAGAUUUCUCCUUCACAUACUGAAUGCUGAUUGACUUGGUAGUAUCCAUGUUCCUUUGGAGAAUAUCAAAUAUGGACAUGGCUAUUCUCACGCGGAAACAAGACCAGAUUGAUGCUGAAGUUACACGAUUAGCAUUGUUCAGUUCUCGCUACUCAAAUUUCUACAAGGCUUUAUUCCAAAACACUGUAGUCUUCAGGAACAUGUUAGUAAACAAUGAGAAUGUGGGUUGUAUUGUGACAGUUUUCAAAAAUCCCUUUCAUGUUAUGUGUUAGCUUUUUUUACUCCUUGUUUUUUUUUCUGCAGUGUUAUUAUUUGGACUUUUCAAAGUACAUCAUUAAUUAUCAUUUUGCCUACAUAAUAAGAAUAAAGUCUCAUGAGGAAAUAAAUAUUCUAUUUGAAAUCUAUUCUUUCUCAAGCAUUACAACAUCAAGGCCCUAAAGAUAUUAUAUAACCUAAAAUACGAAAAGAAUAAUUCAGAAAGAUAUCUUAUAUUCCAACCAAACUAAAGCACAAGAAACUUAGAAACAUUGUACUGCAUUAAGUACUGCAUUGUACUGCAAAAAGAAAGUAUUUGUUAAAAAUAAAAUUUCAGAAGUUAAACUUAUCUGUGAAAGAAGGCCAUGUAGAAGCAAGGACUUCUUAUUUUUUGGACAAAAGAAUAAAAUUUACUAGUGGUUAUAAUUAUAACUACCACCUAUUGAUUGCCAAAUAUGAGCUAGUAAUUUAUACAUAUCAUGUCUAAUUCUUAAAUACAGUCCUGCAAGGAGAUAAUAUUACUCUCACUUUGUAAAUGAUGAAACAGAAAUUCAUAAAAGUUCUAAUUCCUUUGAAAACACUUCAAAACCUCCGCUCCUACACAAACACAUGAAAACACAAAAUAAGGCUUGAAAAGUGUUUUGAAGUAUGCAAAUGGGCUGAAGAGCUAGAGAAAAGAAACGUCUGGGUGUCUGAAUCAGAGUGGAAAAGAAGGGUGAGUGAGAGCUAAGGCCACACAGCCUGUAAAGGAAGAAUCCAUGCUGUUGGAUAAGUAACCAAAGAUGGACUCCCUAAGAGAAGUGAGCUCUGUACAUUUUCCCUGGUGGACCAAUGCUGACACCAAAUAUUGCUCACAAGUUUCAGUCUCUGCUCUUCUAAAUCACUAUUGUGUGGCUUCUCCCUCUUUCCUUAACCCUUUUCUAUCCUUCUUCCCUGGUCUAAACACUUUUCUUUGCUCUUACUUCAUUGAGAAAGGAGAUGCUAUCAGAUGAAUCCUACAUCAACUCUCCAUCACCCAAUGGAAACCUGCACUGGCAUGUAAAUACUGUUACCACCGACGCUACCGUGCAAGUGUUCUCACAGUGGCCAAGGCCAACCGAGUAAAUUAGGCUUUGGAUCCUAUCAGUCACGCAGUGAUUUUUCUCCUGCAAUUAAAUUAUUUCCCCUCUCUCGGCACCAUCUGUUUCUUUGUUGUAUUAUUUGUAUUGGCUUAUCAAUGGGUUUUUAAUUACCCACUAUUUAAAAGAUGCCCACCAAUAAUUUUCAAUUUCCAGCUAUCCCUCACUUUUCUGCUUUACUUUGCAGUCACAUAACCCGAAAGAAGUAUCUAAAGUACUGUCUUCAUUCUUCAUUUCCAAUGUUUCCAUCCCACAUCAAUCAGGCCUUCUUAUUGACCAGUCGCUGACACACAGUUGCUGCAAUAGGUACUAUUUCUGUGCAUGAAUAUAAAAUUCAGUCUUCUAUUCUUCUUUAUAAUUGAGAAAGGCAUUUUAAAUACUCUAUGGCCUAUUUAUAAGUUGAUGAAUACCAAACACAAGGUGGAAAAGUUCUAAGAGGGAGGCAUGAAAGAUAAUUAUGUAUAAAUUAAGGAGCUUGAAAACAACCCCCCCAAAAAAACAUGAUUUCUCCAAUCAAGUAAUUGCUAACAAAUUUAUUAAUCCUUUACAGAGUCUUCCGUUAGGGAAUUACUGGGCUUAAAAAUAAAACAGAGCAAAAAAAAAAACCAGGAGCCUUAUACAAGAUAUUUAUAAUUUAAAAACUCCUUAAUAGAACAAUUCUUUAGAUUAUCAUUAAUUCCCUGGACCAGUAGGAAAUACUUAAAAAGAUGAUGGCAAGGCAGUUCAGGAGGACAGUCAAAUGGGAAUCUCAAAAGAGAACAAUAUUUUAAGAAUAAAACAUAAGAUCUUUUCAAUCACUAAUCAUUAUUAACCACAAUGUAGUACAGCUUUGUAGGUCAAAGACAUAGCUAGCUAAACAGAGAACAAAGGCUCUCGCCUAUGGACAAGAAUAAAAAUGAGUGCUUUGAAAGGUUCUUGUUCAAUGAAAGCUUUACUCUCGUAAGAAAUAACCCACUGUACAUUAAUUUAAAAUAGAGAGCUAGCAAGCUUCAGCAGGACUAAACCCAGAAAUGUAUUUAACCCGUAAUUGUCAAAACAAAAGUAACUAGGUGGCACCUUUGUAGGGAGUAAGUGAUGAUAGCAACCGCACUCAAAAUAAGCACUUGGUGACUAAUGGAUGCCAGAGUGAUGCUUUGACGGUAACACUCAUCAGCAAGAGUCGGACAAAGGCAGGAUUUGACGAGAAUAUUUGAAAUCCACUGCCUCAGAAAUCCUGGGUUACAAACUGUCCUCAUUGUAAACACUCCAUCUGCUAUUAGGCAAGAAGAGAUGAAGAGCUCAUUUUUGUCUCAGCAGAAGAAUGACAUCUUAAAUGUAAAAGUUUAAAGAGUCAUAACAUGCCUCAUAACAAAUAAUACUGGAAUAGACUUGAAAGAAAAGCCAAGAGUGUUAGUUGUAAAAUAAUACAAAAAUAGUAGAAAAAUCCAUAGGGAAUAACAAAAUUAUCUUGGAAAGUGCGAAGCUCAUUCCUUCAUUUGUUCAUGAAACAUUUAUUGACGAGUUGCAAUGUGCUAUGCAGAGUCUUUGACCUUAGGGAGCACAAGGUAAAGAAAACAGACCCUCAAACAAGCACUAGGUUUAAAUGCACCUACAUUUGCAUCUAUAGGUUAGCAGUGGUAACUGGUAUCUUGAGCACAAUGCAAGACUUCCUAGGAUUGAAUCCACCCACUAAUUUUGUGAUCUUAGGCCCAUUAGUUAACCUCUCUGUACCUGUUUCUUCAUCUGUAAAGUAAUAAUAAUAAGUGCUCAUCCUCACUGGGUUGUUAUGUGAAAAAGAAAACAUGUAAACAACUUGUAAUAGUGCCUGUCACAAAAUUAGUCUUACGCAAAUAUUAUUAUUAGUAUUACUAAUAGAUAUAUAUGAAGCAAAAGGAUGCAUAGAGUACAUAGAUAUAAGAUCUUAAAGAUACAAUUAUGUAACUAAAGGCAAUUUAAGAAGGGAUGUAAUCAUCUAAAACACAACUCUCACAUUCCUUUACUUAGGACCUUAUUAAAAUUCUGUAUCUUUAAAUUGAAAGAUACUAAAAAACUGCCAUUCCAAAGUAACCACAAUAAAUAUAAAUGAAAUUAGUUCUGAAAACAGCAGUGCAAAAUAAACAUUAAUAUACAAAUAAGAAAUUUGUAGAAUUUUGAAUUUAAUACUGAAUUUCUUGCAGAAUACAAUUGUGAUCAUAUAAUUAGCUGUUCAAAUAUAUCUAGUAAACUGUUAUGUGAUGAUGAAAAUUUUGUUUAUUUUUCUCUGUUCUAUUUUUCAAACGUUCUUCAAAAGUUUGAAUGUUCAAUAUACACAGGAAUUAUGUUAGGUAAUAAAGGGCGAAUGAUAAAAAUAGGUAAGAUACAGUCAUUCCUUCUUCUCAAGGGAUUCACAAUCUAGGAAGGGAACACACACGUCCUUGAAAUGAAAAGAAAUGGGGACUUAUUUUUGUUUAUUAAUUAUUGCUUGAAGGCUUAUGUUCUGGAACUCAGUUGAUAAUGGAUUUCAGGAAAGAAAUUGUCAUCCUCUCAUGCCCCUCUGAUUAGUAAACAUAUUCUGUCAUUAUAUAUUCAGCUCUUACUUUCACCACCACAUUCCUGUUUGAAAUCUUCAAAUUUAAUGCACCAUUCUUUGACAAUAGCCAUCUACCCUUCAACACUCUCAACCCUUUACUCCCAGUACACAGUCUUUAAGUCCUGCCAUUUCUCCACCUCCCCUUUUUAAUACUUUCUGCACUUGCUCAGUUUCUGUCUUUCCUGUGCAGCCUAGAUACUUGGUGGGUCAUGUCACUCACUUUCCUGCUAGCAUAGUCCAUAUUCUUGUCACCUUAUUCUUCCAAACCACUUCUCUCUUAAAUUUCCAGCUUUCUGAGCGUUUCGACUAGAGUAUGUAGCUUGUUCAGCAAACAAUUCCCUCUUUCAUUGCCCUCAGUCACUGUUUCAAACCCUCAUUAUUCCCCUUCUCUCCCAUAUCCUUCCCCUCUGAACACAGGGCCUUGCCUUCAAUGUCUCAGGAAAAACUGAGCCCACACAGCAUGAGGUUCCCUAUUUACCCCACGUGUAUUAACCCACCAAUCCUCUAGUUCAUUGUUCUUGUACACGAUGUCUCUUUGAACAAGGCUAAUUCUGCCAUCUGUGCUUUUAAAUAGAUUAUAUCACGUUCACAUUUCACGUUUUUUAAUUAUAUCAUAUAAUUGUAUCUUCUUAUUCUGCAUCAGCUUCUUACUCACAACCUAAAAACAAGUCUCUGGUUCUUCAGAAUUUUUACUAGUUAUGACGUUCUCUAGCAUUUCCCUUUCCUUUAUUGACUUACUAUUUUCUAAAAAUCCAUGUCUGUAAUCUUUUCUUCCUUUUUUCCCAUUUGCUUCUUCACCCAUCUUCCUCAACCAUUCCACUGAAAGUGAUUCUGAUAACAACCAACAAUGGCCUCUGUUGGGCAGGUUUCUGGCAAGAAACAGAGUGCAAACAGAGAAGGUAUGAUUGGAGGGAGUUUAAUAAAGAGGCUAUUUACAAGGGUGCAGGUAGGAAAACAAUAAGACGUGGUGAGGACCACAAGGCCAGCAGCAGGUGAAAAGGACUACUACCCCACAGGCCUUGAGGGGCAAGACCAGUGAGAUGUGUAGCUACGGGAAAAGAGCUGACCGACAGGAGCUCCAGUGUUUUGGAGAGAACACUGUCCCUGCCAUACUGUGGCCCAGCAGGGAGAGAGAUGGGAAAAUAAAUAAUGGGAUCUCUCUCUCCUCCUGUUCUCUUCUUUCUCUUCAAUGCCUGCAAUUGUCCAAAACCAAGUGGACCACAUCGUGGGAAUAUCAGAAAGAGAAGAGAGUGAGCAAGGGAUUGAGAACCU